UUUACUGGGCUUGAGCAUUCCAUAUCAGACCGAAAAUGGUCACGAAGAGAAAAUACGACUUAGAGCGCGAAUUCUUCUUCUUUUUCCUCUUAUCUUAAAUUACAUUAGCCAAAUUAUAUUUAGGGAAACGAGUCGGGUGUAAUGAUUGGCUUGCAUCAUAUAACUCCAUUAUAGCCUGGGGUAAUGUAUAGGCCAAUUCGCUGAGUUUAAAUUGAAAUUUUAUUAAAGGAACCGUAUUAAUGAUAUUGUAUUUUUCUUAUGCGUCAGGCUAGGUACAAUACACAAAACGCUCCCUUUUCUAUGAUAACUCAAUCUUAGGUUUUUAGUUUAACAGUAAAAGAGUGGGUCAUUGCAUUCAUAGCGCUGGCACUCGUGCUUCGCGGAGACCGCAUCUUACGUGUUUUACUAGUCCCUAUUACGCGUUUUAGUAGUCCCUAUUACGCGUUUUAGUAGUCGGUAUUUGUCAAGGAGCCGAUGCCCUACUUGAAUCUAGUGAUGCUGCGCCGAGGGGGUGAGUAGGAAUCUCCCACAAUGCCCUCGUGUCGGCAGCCGGGGAUGGAUGCUACAGUAGUAGACGUUUCAGCUGGUUAGCACUGCAGCGACCCCCGCUACCGUUAUCGGUCUCCGGCCGCCUCUCGGUAGCUCCUGGACUACGUGCGUAACCGCGACAUCGCGACAGCAACAGCUCAGUCCGCAGCGCGAAGAACUUUUAGCGGCCACCGCGGCCACCGAUAUUAAACCGUAACCUUCACCUCCGUUUGACGGGGAGAGGGGGUCCACUGCCGACCGGAGCAUGGACCCCCUGGCCAAAGCAUGCCCGUCACAGGAUGACCGAAGCCCCCAGACCCUCAGUAACCGAUUCAACGCGCUUGGAGCUGCUGGCGGGGAAGCGAGUGAGCAGGGUGGCGAAAGGGAGCAGGCGAUGGGGGGCCGCGACAGUUUAAGCAGCUUCGCGGACGUGGAGGAAUCGCUCGAAGAAAAACUGAAAGGUCUCGCGUUCAGGAAACAGACAUCGUAUAGGAAAGCCAUCUCUCGCUCAGGCCUCCAGCACCUGGCUCCUGCCCAGAGCCCCUUUCCUGCCGUCAGCAACGGACCAGCCAAGGAACUGCGUGCCGCCGUGGACUGGACCGAGAAUGCAGUCAACGGGGAACACCUGUGGCUGGAGACCAACUGCUCAGGCGAGCUGUGUUACCUGGGCGAGGAGACAUGUAUGGUGAAGAUUACAAAGUCGGCCCCCCGGAGGAAAUGCGCUGCAUGUAAGAUCGUUGUCCACACGGCCUGCAUUGAACAGCUGGACAAGAUCAACUUCCGAUGUAAGCCCACCUUUAGAGAGGGCAGCUCUCGCUGUCUCAGAGACCAGAAUGUAUUAAGACAUCACUGGGUCCACCGAAGACGACAAGAGGGGAAAUGCCGUCAGUGUGGCAAGAGUUUCCAGCAGAAGUUCUUCCACAGUAAGGAGAUUAUUGCCAUCAGCUGCUCGUGGUGCAAGCAGGCGUUCCACAACAAGGUGACGUGCUUCAUGCUGCAGCAGAUCGAGGAGCCCUGCUCGUUGGGCGCCCACGCUGGGGUCAUCGUGCCCCCGUCUUGGAUCAUCAAAGUCAAGAAGCCACAGAACUCAUUUAAAAACUCCACUCGGAGGAAAAAACGGACUUCAUUCAAACGGAGGGCCAGCAAAAAGGGCACAGAUGAGUCAAAAUGGCGUCCGUUCAUGCUGAAGCCCCUGCCUUCCCCAUUAAUGAAGCCAGUGCUGGUGUUCGUAAACCCCAAGAGCGGGGGGAAUCAGGGGACCAAGUUGCUGCAGAUGUUCAUGUGGAUUUUGAAUCCUCGGCAAGUGUUUGAUCUCUCCCAGGGAGGGCCCAGAGAAGCGUUGGAACUGUACAGGAAAGUGCCAAAUCUUCGCAUCCUCACAUGUGGAGGGGACGGGACGGUGGGCUGGAUUCUCUCUGCUCUGGAUGAACUACAGAUGAACCCACAGCCCCCUGUGGCUGUGCUUCCUCUUGGCACAGGAAAUGACCUCGCCAGGACGCUCAACUGGGGAGGAGGCUACACAGAUGAGCCGGUGUCUAAGAUCCUGUGUCAUGUCGAGGAUGGGACCGUGGUCCAGCUGGAUCGCUGGAACCUGCAGGUGGAGUGCUCAUCCACCCAGCCUGAGGAGGGCACGCAGAAGCUUCCUCUGGGUGUUUUCAAUAACUACUUCAGCCUUGGCUUUGACGCUCAUGUCACGCUGGAGUUUCAUGAGUCCAGAGAAGCCAACCCAGAAAAAUUCAACAGCCGUUUCCGCAACAAGAUGUUCUAUGCAGGGGCUGCCUUCUCUGACUUCCUGCAGAGGAGCUCCAGGGACCUGUCUAAGCACGUCAGGGUGGUGUGUGACGGUACAGAUCUCACUGCCAAGAUUCAGGAGCUAAAGUUCCAGUGCAUCGUCUUCUUAAAUAUUCCCAGGUACUGUGCAGGGACCAUGCCAUGGGGCAACACGGGUGACCACAGGGACUUCGAACCCCAGCGGCAUGACGACGGCUGCAUCGAGGUCAUUGGCUUCACUAUGGCCUCCCUGGCAGCUCUGCAGGUUGGGGGCCAUGGCGAUCGGCUGCACCAGUGCAGAGAGGUGAUUCUCACUACCUAUAAGACGAUGCCCGUGCAGGUGGACGGGGAGCCCUGCCGCCUGGCGCCCUCCACACUCCGCAUCUCCCUCCGCAACCAGGCCAACAUGGUGCAGAAGAGCAAAAGACGCACCUCCGUCCCGCUGCUGAAUGACAUUCAGAAAGUGUGCGCAGCAGAUCUGCGCCGCCUCUCUGCUCCCCCUGACUCCUUCUCUGUUCCCCACGCGGUGCCCGAACGCCUGAGACUACGUGUCAACCGCAUCAGUGUGCCGGAGUACGAGGGCCUGCAGUUUGACAAGGAUCGUUUGCGGGACAGCUCUACCCCUGUUGGCAUCGUGGUGGUAAGAGGAGACUGUGACCUAGAAACGUGUCGACUCUACAUUGACAGACUGCAGGAGGACCUACAUCAGGCUCCCUCUGCUGGUCAUAGGGUGCACUACCAGGAUGAGAUCAGAGGUUUACCCCGCCUUGCCUCUGCCAACAGACUUUCCACAAACUGGAGUUUCCUGGAUUCCACAUCAGCUGACCGGUUUUACAGAAUAGACAAGGCUCAGGAGCAUCUGCACUUUGUGACAGAGAUUUGCCAAGAUGAGGUAUUCAUCUUGGACCAUGAGGUGCAAACAGUGAGCCACGGAAGAGUCCCAGAAAUGCCUGAUGUGGUGGUGGAGCCCAGCUCGGGUGUUCCCUUGACAACGGAAGAGCAAGCUUUGCUGACUGCAGCCAGCUUGGGCGAUGUGCAAACGUUGUCCGCCUGCUGCAGUCUGGGACUGGGUCUGUUCGUCAGGGAUGCGGCGGGCUGCUCAGCCUUGCACCUGGCCUCUCAGAAUGGCCAUGCAGAGGUAGUGAGCUUCAUCCUGCAGCACGGUUCAAAGUUGAUCUUGGAUCUAACUGAGAAAGAGACAGGAGAUAGCGCAUUGCACAAAGCUGCCUUCCACUGUCAUCAUGAAGUCUGUCAUCUCCUUCUUGGGGCUGGGGCUUCCCCCAACAAAGCAAACUUCCUUGGGAAAACUCCCAAGGACUGUGCUCAAGAAGCUGGGGACUCUGACCUGGCCUCCUACCUGGAGCAGCAGCACGCGGGACGGGAGGCAGCUAGUGAGGACCUGGAGACGGCUGUGUGAGGCAGUCCCGCAGGUAGUGCACAGAGAUCGCUCCCUCUCGGCAGGCCAAGGCUGUCACCGCCCAGAGACGUACCAGAGACCACUCACUUACAAGCAGCGAGAGAACCAAGGGAAUAAUGGAGGUGUUAGUAAACCAUAGAGGUGACUGCAACAGAGGGAGAAAUCUCCUUUCUGGAGAAGGACCACAAUGGAAAGGAAAAGCUGCUUUCUGCGUCCUUGGAUUCACUGUGGGUUUAGAAUGGUUUUUAAUGGAUUUGUUUGGAAAUUAUUUAAUGCUUUUAUUUAUUGAUUUAUUUAUUAAAAGACUUUUAUUAAAAGAAAAACAAACAAACUUGGUUUUCCUAUCCUCUGGCCAAUGUAUUGGUGUACUAUGGUUUAAGGGUUAAGGGUAGAUAUAAAAUAAAACUGUCUGCCACGAUUGCACACUGCAGUUUCAAGUAUACUGGCCGUGGAGGCUGUGAACUUUUGUCUGGUGUCUUAUGUGAAAGGAAUACAUAGACAAAAAUCAGGCAUACAAAUGUUACAAUGCUGCCAAGCCAAGCCACACCACAAAACAGUUUUAUUAUGGGACUCCAGUACAGAAUAUCUGCUGAGGAGGUUAUCAGUUUUGGCUUUUGACCAAAUGCACCAUUCCUUGGCUCUUGCUUCUGUCUGUGUCACAUGAUCAGAUUAUACAACUGUCACAUGAGCAUAUGAGGUCUGCAAAACACUUUAUUUUUUGUGAGUUGCACAGCACUGCUACUGAGUCUUGACAUGCUAGGAGAGUGCUUAUCACCUGACUUGCUUCAUGGCCAUUGACCAAAUCAGUCCAUCACUCCACAGAAGAAAGAGCCCCUAUUGGUUGUGCACCCUACAUUUUCACUGAAUCUUCACUUGGGAACCUCCCACUUUAUUAAUGAUGUGUGUUCAACAUAAAUUAGUGAUAGAUUUUUUUCCUUUAUACUCGGGAUUUUGACAUUAUGUGCCUCUUAUUCUCUUGAUAUUCUUUUUUAACCAGUUGAGUGAGCAUCUAUCCAACCUAUAUCAACCCAUUUAAAGAUGCUGGACAAUCACUGGAGAGAAUUCAUUGUGGAAAACCUCACCUUAUAAGAUUAUAAUCUCUGUACAUACAAUAUAAUUGUACUAUGACAUAUUCUGUUUUAUUCCUUUUUAUUGUUUUGUGUGCAGUGACAGUGAUGUGACAAUGAAUUAUUUAUCUCCAGAAACAAAAGGUAGAGUAACCUGAGCCAUAAUCAAUGCAAUAUGAAUGGAUGACAUUUGUGGAUUUAUCUCUUUAUUUCUACAUUACAUUAAUGUUAAUAGAUGGAUGGUUUUCUAAGGCACCUUAAAGCUAAUGGAUGGAAUAUGUGUUAUAUGUUUUUGGUGAUGGCGGACAGUGACGUGGCUUUUUUUGUCAACCACCUGCACUAAGCUGGAGGAGCUCUCUUCAGAUGUAAGGUGCUGGCACUCUCUUCUGUAUCACUGAGUUUCAGAUCGCGAUGAAAUGGCAAAAACAAGAACUGCCACAGGUAGCUACGCCAAAUCCAACUCACACACAUCCUCUGGUCUCUGCAGACAGCCUGCACUACACGGUAGCUUUUGGUGUUCAUUUUUAAUAUUGUAGGGCUGCACUCAUAAUGGUGGCCAUGAUCUGUUCAAUGAAAAGCAAGGAGAGGCAAAACUAAAGCAUCUGCAUGAAAAUGGCCACAGUGGAAACUUGCUGAACAUGCUGUGAGAGUGGUUUGUAUAUUAUAGAUCUGCUGUGUUAUUUUGUAUUAUUUGUGAUUUUAAAGCUUUAUCGUGCAUGAUAUUUUGUUACCUCUCUGGAUAUAUUCACCCCUUGAUGACAUGAAAUGGCAUUACAUGUUUUCUUUUUUUUUUUUUUUAAAGAAAUUAUCAAAUAUACUUGUCCAAUGAUUGAUC